AACUGUCUCACUGUCUCCCACAUCCCUCUCAUAAGCGGCUGCUUCUUUUCCUCUCCCCCCCUCCCCUUCACUACCCCUCCCCGCUCCCUACCUGCUCCUCCCACGCCAACGUCUGCCCUACGGAUGGAUUCCUGCCCCUACAGCGGUGCUACACUGCUCACCGACGCGCUGUCCCUUCCUCUCUUCUUCCCACCUCCCUCAACCCUUUCCCCGCCUUACCACCAGCUCUGCACCGCACCUGCUUCUCCUGCAUUGAGUUCUGCGCUUCCUUAACAGGUUCCCGCACUGUUCUCGUGGAACCUGAGGGCUGCCUUCUCCCUUCCCCCCUCCCCCCUUGCCCUCCACGCCACCCCACUUACCACCAGCUCGCAUUUCGCUUUUGUCACCUACACAGGCUUCUGGCCAACGGACGGACUCCCACCCGCACAGUGCUCUGCCUCUUCUCAGCCAUCCAUGCCUUCUACGACAGCGAGAAAAUGCCAUCAGUAUCAAGUUUGGUUGGCAUGGCAGAUGCCAGCGUUGUGAGUGUGGGAGGGCAGGGGGGGCUGAUCAGACAAAGUGAUGUGCCAAAGCAACCCAGCUCACCAAAGAAGAAGAAGAAGAAGAAGAAGAAGAAGAAGAAGAAGAAGAAGAAGAAGAAGAAGAAGAAGAAGAAGAAGAAGAAGAAGAAGAAGAAGAAGAAGAAGAAGAAGAAGAAGAAGAAGAAGAAGAAGAAGAAGAAGAAGAAGAAGAAGAAGAAGAAGAAGAAGAAGAAGAAGGAGGAGGAGGAGGAGGGGGAGGAGGAGGAGGAGGAGGAGGAGGAGGAGGAGGAGGAGGAGGAGGAGGAGGAGGAGGAGGAGGAGGAGGAGGAGGAGGAGGAGGAGAAUAAGAAGAAGAAGAAGAAGAAGAAGAAGAAGAAGAAGAAGAAGAAGAAGAAGAAGAAGAAGAAGAAGAAGAAGAAGAAGAAGAAGAAGAAGAAGAAGAAGAAGAAGAAGAAGAAGAAGAAGAAGAAGAAGAAGAAGAAGAAGAAGAGCGCCAGGUUCACCCCCUCUUCUCUUUACGUGUUCACCCCAUCCCCUGCAUGUCCUGCAGACGUCUUCCUCCUCGGCUCCACCGUCCUCUUUGUCCCCUCCACCCCUACCGACGUUUCUCUCAUCCUUUCCUCCUUCAUUUUCCCCCACCCCACCUUUCCUUCCGUCGCGUUCCCAUUGCCAUUCUUGCUUCUCAGCCCUGCUCGCCAACUGCUCUUCCCCCUCCUUUCCCUUUUCAUUCUGCCUUCUCUAUCUUGCCCUCUCUGUCCCCUGUCCCUUCCCACCAUCAGUCUCCCCAACAUGUGUUACAGCAGCGCCGCAAGGCAAGCCCUUUCCUCCCACCCGUCCUUCCUCUCCCAUCCAUCCGCUCCCCCUGUCCUCUCCCAUCCAUCCCCUCCCCUUUUCCCCUCCCAUCCAUGCCUCCCCCUCCCAUCCAUCUCCUCCUCCCCCCUUUCCUCAUCCAUCCAUCUCCCCCCCCUCCUCUCCUGCCCCUCUUGUCUGCCUUUCCUCCCCUCGCCUUCUCCACCGUUCGUAGCUUUACCUGAGACCAGAAAUUUAUUCAAUUGUAUUCUCUCUCCUCUUUCCCUUCCCCUUGGCCCCCCCCACACCUUUCCCGACUCUUUCUUUCCUUCCUCGUUCACUCUCUCCCAUCCCCACAUGUCUUCCCCUACCGUUCCCAAAAUCCGAUCCUGCUUCAUAUCCCUUUUCGCCUUCUGCAUUGUCGGACCUCAUUUCCCCCCUACUAUCUACCUUUCUUCUUUCCCUCCUCUCUCCCCUGGCCUGCCCACAAUAGUUUCUGCCGCCUCUCCGCACGAUGUCAAGAGUGCAAUGGGGCGCAGCGCUCCCAUCGUCCUGGGACAGGAGCAGCAGGCGAGGGCGGCGUGGGAGAAGCAGUGUGAGGGGUGCGGAACGAGAGAGAGCGGUGAGGAGGAGUUUCUCUGUCUCUCACUCCCCAUGCCCUCCUCCUACCACGCGUCCCCUGCACCUCACUCCACCACUGCUGGAUCUGCAGCUCUUGCUGCUCCUGUUGGCUCUACUGCUAGUGCACGCAGCAGCAGAGGUGCCAGAGGCGAUCAUACCUAUCCUGGUGCUCGGCAUCUCAUGCUACAAGCGGACCAGCCUCCGCCCGUUCCCCCGUGUCUGCUCUUUUGUCUGAUGCUGGCGCUUCGUCCUUCAAUCUUGCUGGCAAAGGCUGCAGCCAGGCACAUGGUAUGUAGGGAGGUGGUGUCUAAGGAGGUGCUAUCUGAGGGGGUGGUUUUUGGGCUCAAGUGGGGGAGCCGGCUGAUAAUAUGUAUGAGGGAGGUGGGUGGAGAUGUGGAGGGAAUGGAAAUUGGGGAGAUGGUGGAGGGGCAGGUGGUUGAGAUGGUGGAGGGGCGGGUGGUUGAGAGGGUGGAGGGGCAGGUGGUUGAGAGGGUGGAGGUGCGGUUAGUUGAGAGGAGAAAUUGGAAAUCGCUGAAAGGAGCAGCUGGUGUGAUUGGGGAGGGUGCGGGCGAUGCAGCGGAUGAGAGCAAACUGAGGAAGAGCAGUAGUGGAGUGGGUGGCAAUGUUGGCGUGGAGGGAAAGGAGGCGAGCAGCGCGCGGUCUGAGUGCAGGAAGAACAUGGCUGAGGUGAAGAUUCGAGAUCGCAGUAUCUCUUGA